GAAGUCAAGAAAAUCGCGAAGAGUUCGGACCGAUAUGUCUUAGAUUCAAGAGACGUCCUCUAUCGUUUGACUGCGCCUACUCCGGAACGCCCAAGGGAUAAGUGCCCCGAACUGCGACUAGUUGUACCAGAAGCCCUGCGGCCUGGCAUCCUACACCACGCUCACGAGGAUUUCCAGAGUGGUCAUCAAGGCAUCACCAGGACAUAUUUGCGUCUGCGUUCAGAGUUUUUCUGGAUCGGGAUGUUCCAAGACGUCGAAAUGUUUGUCCUGGAAUGUACGGAUUGCGCGUCCGCUAAGGGGCGACCUCCGAAUCCAGGAUCCUCUCCCGUGAACAUUGAACUGACUGGUCCAUUCGAAGUAGUGUCCAUGGAAUUUUGCCACACAUCUUCCGAAGACAUGUUCACGGGCUACGUUAUGUGUAAACCCAUGAGCAGCACUACCGGUCAAGACUGUGCUGAAGCCUAUGAAGAGGUUGUAUUCAGGAACUAUGGCGCAAGCUCUGAAAUCCGUCAUGACAGAGAUCCCAGGUUCAGGAGUCGCGUGUUCCGUCGCUUCAGCGAGAUGAUGGGUAUCCAGCAGAAAGCAACGCUCGCGUAUCGCCCUCAGGCCAAUGUCCUGCAGGAACGAUCGGGUCAGACAAUUAUGCACAGUAUCAGAACGUAUGUUGAAGAGCCCGACCAAACCGACUGGGACGACCAUGCAGAGAAGCUUAUGCAUGCUAUAAAUACCUCCUUCGAUGCGACUAGAUUGGAUACGCCGUUCUACCUACUACACGGGUUUGAUUGUCGGAGCACUAUAGCAGCUAUGCUGGGUCCAAAACCGACGGACGUCACAGAACGUACCGCCUAUGCCCACGCAUGUGCGGAUGUGCUCCAGAAGAGAGCCAAGCGUACGCGAUCCGCGGUUCAGGCUCAGAAGUGGGAGGUGCUGUCGGAUCACCUCAAGUCUGGUUUCGAAGUAGGUGACUCGGUCUGGUUGUAUAUCCCAAAGGUCCUGCCAGGCCUCAGUCGUAAGCUGGCCCAUCUGUGGCAUGGACCAUGCAGGAUUGAACAGGUUUGGGACGAUUUCAAGGUGAAAUUGAAAGUUCAGGGCACAGGCUAUCGUGUAGAACCAUGGGUCCACAUUAGUCGUCUGAAACCACGUGCCUUGUUUCCGAAACGGCCGUCUUUAAGGAUUGACGUUUCAGAGGAGGACAAUUUUGAUGCGGCUUUAUUGCCGGAGGAUAGAUGGGAACCGGAUUCGACCAAGCGCACCCGAAAUGCGAAACGUAUCCGCGAAUAUCUCAUUAAGUGGAAGGGAUACGACGAUCUUCAGUGGUUGCCCGUCUCACAAUUGAACUGUGGCUCCCUUCUAUAUAAGUUCAACCGGUCAGCACGUGCAAAAACUCGUUUCUCAGCCAUACAGUCUGGGAACGAUGACUACGCGGAGCUAUAG